UAGACAACACAUUGCUAAGAAAAAGUCAGCAGGGGAGUUCCUGUUUUCGUUUUCAGGACCAUCAUCUUUACUUCCCUCUGAGACUAUACUUUCUUUUUUUAAGGACGGAGUUAAAGCCCAGAUCUAUGUCUUCAAAUAAAUAAAUUAAACUUCAAAAACAGCCUUUCAUCACUGAAGUUCAACAGGUCAAUUUAUCUUCCACUGAUUUCAUCAUCUUUCCUGAUGAAUCUCUCCCAAACAAUGGAGACAGAGGAGGAUCUCCUGACUUGUCUCCAAAUCAAGUUUUACAACCCACAUCAGAAUGUCAAAGGCCUUUACGAGCUGCUUCCCUUGGGGACCAGGAGCCGACAAUAUGCAGAUGACCCUCUCAGGCUGGGACGAGAUGCCAAGUCCUGCACCUUUGCCCUCAAUGACAUGCGCGUGUCCCGCAAACAGCUGGCCCUCUACGCCUACCGCACUCCACAGAGCCCCGACAUGCUCUUCACCAUCCAGAACUUGAGCCAGAGAGGAAGACUGUCAGUGAACAGCUCGGCGCUGAACUUCCUUGAGAGGAUGGACCUUCCGAACAAAGCCCUCAUCCGGUUUGGAGAGUAUGAGAUGCUGAUCAUCCGCGAGGCGGGCGAGGCCAAGGGGAGCUUUGAGGUGGAGUUUGAGGUUCUGACAGUGCCUCCGUCCAGAGAGACAUGCAUGUGUGUGCCCAGUAUGAACCCAGUCAUGGACACAGGCUCAAGUGGGACUAAUAGUUUCACAGCUGAACUCACAGCACUGGGCCCCCUGGAGACUGAUGAAACUCUUGACAUGUACCAGUCAUGAUGUCAGAUGUUACUUUAUUUGUAUUGAUAUACUCUCCACAGUUGUUCUUUGUAUCUGGAUAACACCCCUUUCUGUAAUGUGAAAUCCUACUUACACCAUGUAUCUAUUGCAUUAUUUCAUUAUAUUCUUUAGCUAACAGCUAUUUGUUAUAUUUUUCUAACUUGAGCACAUUAAAUUGUUUUUUAAAAAAGCAUCUUAUUGUGUUGUUUAAUUACUGUGUUUGUCAGACAUAUUUGUUACAAGAAAUUCAGGGAAACCUUCAUUUGAUGGCAAUCUUUGAUUCUGCCUUCUCCCUGGAAAAAACAAAAAAGACAUAUGGAGAUACAACCAGUUUGACCAGUUUGGCUUUGA